GCGAGAUCGUGAGAUCGCAAGCCGGCAGCCAAUCAACUGCUCCCACGAGGGGGCGGGGCGCGGCGGCCGCCCGGAAGCGCGGAACUCUAGCUUCCGUCCUUGCGUACCCUCGCGGCGCCCUCGCUCUACGGAUUGGCGCGAGAGUCAAAAGGCGUCGGCCGCCUCUGGGUAAGAUGGCCGCCGUGGAGGCGUCGUUGUGGGGGAACUUCGCGCCAGGACGGCGACAUCUGGACUGAGUCGGAGGCGGAGGUCCCAGCGUCCUUUCUGUCGUUUGUGAGCUUACUCCAUGGGCGCAGUCUCGAGAUACCCUGUGCUGUUACUUGUGAACAGUGACCAGCAGCAGCAGUGUUUCUGGCCUGGCGCCGUCCUCGCACCCCGUGGUUGCCUCAGCCGGGUGGUGUGUUCAGCAAGUCAGGAACUUCGUAUCCAAGCUUCCAUUUGGGACAGGUGACACGUCAAUAAGGUUUUCAUUCCAUACCAGUCAUUCCUCUAGGAUGGAACGUGGCGUAAAGUCUGAGUCAUCGUUAGCAGUUAAAUGUGAUUAAAGCCUGCACAGCUUGGGGAAGAAAAUUCUCAAGGUAUGGACGAGAAGGGUGAUCCGAGCGGGGAGGAUGCGCCCAGGGCCGUCAAGCCCACCAGCAAAGAGUUCAGGAAGACGUGGGGGUUCCGGAGAACCACCAUCGCCAAGCGCGAGGGCGCGGGGGAGGUGGAGUUGGACCCCCUGGAGCCGCAGCCGCAGCAGCAGAGCCUCUCCCUGCGGCGCAGCGGGCGGCAGCCAAAGCGGACGGAGCGGGUGGAGGAGUUCCUCACCACUGUCCGCCGCAGAGGCAGGAGGAGUGCCCCCGUCUCCCUGGAGGACCCCGGCGAGCCCACGUCGUGCCCCGUCACAGACGCCGAAACCGCCUCUGAAGGGAGUGUGGAGAGCGCCUCCGACGUGAAGAGCGGGCCCAAGGCCAGCUCUGUGGGCGCCAGGGGCCGCCCGGCCCCCGCAAAGGCCAGAGGGGGCGGCGGUGAGGACGACACCUCCGACAGCGACAGCGACGGCUUGACCUUGAAGGAGCUUCAGAACCGGCUGCGGAGGAAGCGAGCGCAGGAGCCAGCCGACGGGCCCGCCAAGGGCCCGCAGAGCCGGCUGAGGAAGAAGCGCCGGGGCGACGAGCCGCCCGAGGCUGUGGACGGCCAGGCGGGCGGCCCCGCGGAGGGCUCACUGCCAGGCCAGCAGGAGCCCGAGGCCGAGCAGGGGUCCACGCCCCAGGUGGCAAGAGAGGCCAGGGAGAGCCGGCCAGAGGGGAGGGCGGCCCCGGGGCUUAAGGACGAAGAGGCUGGGGACGCGGUCAGGCCCAAGCCCGAGUGUGAGGGCUACGACCCCAGUGCCCUGUACUGCAUCUGCCGGCAGCCUCACAACAACAGGUUUAUGAUUUGCUGUGACCGAUGCGAAGAAUGGUUUCAUGGCGACUGUGUGGGCAUUUCUGAGGCUCGAGGGAGGCUCUUGGAGAGGAAUGGGGAAGACUAUAUCUGCCCAAAUUGCACCAUCCUGCAGGUGCAGGACGAGAACAGCUCAGAGACUGUAGACCCGCAGGACGUGCGGGUGAGAGCUGCUGAUGCUGACGGCACCGACUUUACCAGUAUAGGAACCAUAGAGCAGAAAUCAAGUGAAGACCAAGGAAUAAAGGGCAGAAUUGAGAAAGCUGCAAACCCAAGUGGCAAGAAAAAACUCAAGAUAUUCCAGCCCGUGGUGGAGGCUCCUGGCGCCUCCAGGUGCAUCGGGCCUGGGUGCUCUAGCGUGGCGCAGCCCGACUCGGUUUACUGCAGCAACGACUGCAUCCUGAAGCAUGCUGCCGCCACCAUGAGGUUUCUGAGUGCGGGGAAAGAGCAGAAGCCGAAGCCUAGAGAGAAAGCCAAGGCAAAGCCCGAGAAGCUCGUUCUUCAGAAAUGCAGCGCCCAGGCAGGCAUUAAAAUCUCUUCUGUGCACAAGAGGCCAGCCGCAGACAAGAAGGAAGACACGUUGAAGAAGGCGGUGGCUGCCCCUCCCAGGAGUGAGGGCCUCACCCAGGAGGCCACUUGCGAGAGCAGCGGCACACCAUCCUGGGCGAGUGACCACAAUUACAAUGCAGUAAAGCCAGAAAGGACUGCUGCCCCCUGGCCGCCUCUGUUGUGUAAAUCAGGGAAGGAGGACAGGCGCACGGAGGAGAAGACGGUGGUGGCGGCUGCGGUGCCGAAGAGAACGGGUCCUCUGGGCUCCUUGGGGGGCGGCAAACAGCCCUCACCCAGAAACCUCGUCCCAAAGAAGUCCCCUCCUUUUGCUGGCACAGCAGUGGGCAAAGCAGCCAUCAGAAAGCUUCCCUUGGGCCUCAAGGGCGCCAGCCCCAAGAGGCGGUGGCUCUCAGCCGCCCCUGCUGGCAGUGCUCCUGCCACCAAGCCUGCAGGGCUGGCGCCCAGCACUGCCACAUCUGCCCCCAGACAGUUCCCCGGCUCUGCUGCUUCAGCGGGGGCAGCCAGGAAGCCUGGGGCCGCUGCUGUCCCCCUGGCCUCCCCGGCCCCUGGACGUCUAGGCACGUCGAGCGCCGCCCCAUCACAGCCAAAUUCACAGAUUCGGCAAAACAUACGACGCUCCUUGAAGGAGAUUUUGUGGAAAAGAGUCAGCGACAGUGAUGACCUAGUCAUGACCGAAAACGAGGUUGGGAAAAUUGCACUGCACAUCGAGAAGGAGAUGUUUAACUUGUUCCGAGUGACAGACAACCGGUACAAGAGCAAGUACCGCAGCAUCAUGUUCAACCUCAAGGACCCCAAGAACCAGGGGCUCUUCCACCGUGUUCUGCGUGAAGAAAUCUCCUUGGCAAAACUUGUGAGGAUGAAGCCAGAGGAACUCGUAUCUAAAGAGCUCUCUGUGUGGAAGGAGAGGCCGACAAAAUCUGUGAUGGAGUCCAGAACUAAGUUGCAUAAUGAAAGUAAGAAGCCUGCUGCGAAACAGGAGGCUGCCCCUGACCUGGAGGAUUCUCCACCCGUGUCAGACUCAGAGGAGCAGCAGGAGUCGGCGCGGGCAGCCCCCGAGAGGAGCCCGGCGCCCCCCCUGGACGUCUUCAGCAGCAUGUUGAAGGACACGACCAGCCAGCACCGGGCGCACCUCUUUGACCUGAACUGUAAGAUCUGCACAGGCCAGGCUCCAGUGGCCGAGGAUGAGCCGGCCCCUAAGAAGCAAAGGCUGUCCGCUUCUGCUGGGAAGGAGGAGCCCAAGCCCAAGCACGCCAGCGCUCCGUCCGAGCCGGCCCUCAGCUCGGCUGGCGAGGCGGCUCCAGAGGCCCUGCCUGACAGCACCUCGGAGCCGGGCCUGCAGGGAGAGUGGCUCCCAGCGCCUCCAGGGGACGGCCACCCCGAGGCCUCCACCCUGGGAGACACCCCCUGCCCUGCCUCCUGUGGUGGCGGUGUGCUCACCACGGUCACGGUAUCCGGCAGAGACCCCAGAACCGCCCCGGGCGGGCCGUGCGCGGUCUCAGCUCCUGCAGCAGCCCGCCCAGACAGCGCCCCCCCGGUGGAACCCCGGCAAGACAUCCUGAAGCCUGCAGUGGCCUCCGUGACAGUGCCCAAGUCCAUCCUGGCCAAGCCGUCCGCGUCCCCGGAGCCCAGAUACCUCUUGUCAGUCACUCCGUCCCCGAGCGUCAGCACCUCAGAGUCACGGUCCCCUCCAGAAGGAGAUACAAGCCUCUUCUUGUCUCGACUCAGCACCAUUUGGAAAGGAUUUAUUAACAUGCAGAGUGUAGCAAAAUUUGUCACAAAGGCGUAUCCUGUCUCUGGAUGUUUUGAUUAUCUCAGUGAGGACCUGCCCGACACGAUUCACAUCGGUGGAAGGAUCGCCCCGAGGACAGUUUGGGAUUAUGUCGGCAAACUCAAGUCCUCUGUGUCUAAGGAGCUGUGUCUGAUCCGCUUUCACCCCGCGACGGAGGAGGAGGAGGUGGCCUACAUCUCUCUGUACUCCUAUUUCAGCAGCCGCGGCCGCUUCGGCGUGGUCGCCAACAACAGCAGGCACGUCAAGGACCUCUACCUGAUCCCGCUGAGCGCCAGGGACCCCGUCCCAUCCAAGCUCUUGCCUUUUGAGGGGCCAGGUCUUGAGACACCACGUCCAAACAUCAUCCUUGGGUUAGUGAUCUGUCAGAAGAUCAAACGUCCCACAAGUGCUGGCGAAGCAGACAAGAGGCCCCAGACACAAGAGGAAACAGACGUUCCCAUCUACCCCAAGGUGCCCGCGGCCCUGCUGCCUGAGAAGAAACCCCCCAAGUACCAGCUCUGCUCUGGGGACACGGCUGUCAGCACCACACCCCCGGGGUCUCCCCCACCCCCGCCCCCUCUUCCAGAAGCAUCAGGGGCGCCAGCUUCAUCUUCGGUGUUAAAAGUACUGUCAUCCCUCAAACCAGGAGCCACCAGCUCCUUGACAGCAUCGCCUGCGUCGGCGGCGGUCACCUCAGCCGCCUCCUCUGUGGCUUCCUCUGCUUCAAAAACGGCGUCACCUUUGGAACACAUCCUGCAGACUCUCUUUGGGAAGAAGAAGUCGUUUGACCCGCCCACCAAGGAGCCUGCCGAGUCCGCCCCGGCCUCCCACCAAGACUCCAGGGCCAAGGCCGAGGGGCUGCCAGCAGCGCCUCUGCUGGAUCCGAUCGUACAGCAGUUUGGUCAGUUCUCUAAAGACAAAGCUCUGGAGGAAGAGGAGGACGACAGACCGUACGACCCCGAGGAGGAGUAUGGUCCCGAGAGGGCCUUCGACACUCAGCUGGGCACGGAGAAGGCCUCGGAGUCAGCGGAGCGGGAGGAGGUGGCCUACGACCCAGAGGAUGAGACCAUUUUAGAAGAAGCCAAAGUGACCAUCGACGACCUGCCCAACAGAAUGUGUGUGGACGCACACGGCGGGUGCGCGGAGAGGCCCGCGGGCUUCACUGCGAAUGCCUCGGCGCCCUCCCUGGUUGAGCAGCAGAAGAUGAUAGAGGAGCUCAACAAGCAGAUCGAGGAGCAGAAAAGGCAAGUGGAGGAGCAGGAGGCCGCUCUCCGGCAGCAGAGGGCCGCCGUCGGGGCCUCCAUGGCCCACUUCUCCGUGUCGGACGCCCUCAUGUCGCCGCCCCCGAAGGCCUCGCUGCCCAGGGCCCAGCUGUUUGCGCAGGAGCAGCAGACUGCGGGCCGGCCAGCCGCACCCCCCUCCACCAGCCAGGGGCCCGGCCCGAGCACCGAGGCGCGGCAGAGCCGGGACCCCCGGCAGGCCCGACGGCUGGCCGCAGAGAACAGCGAGAGCGAGGCUGCCCCGAAGCCCACCGCCACCCCACCAGCCAGAGAAACGCCCGGAGGGGCCGAGCCGGCCCAGGAGCAACCGGAGUCGGCCCCUCUGCCGUGGGCUCCAGGCGGAGAGGCCCCGCUGCCAGCCAAGCAGGACGGCCCCACGUGCGAGCACUCAGACAGUCCGGGCCCGCAGCCCACCGAGAGCGCGCAGCCCACGGCUGGGGGCGACAGCGUGGCCCGGCCGGCCCGCAAGGUGCUGCUGCCCACGCCCCCGGGCGCCUCCUUCCAGCCUCACUUCCCCCCGCAGAGCGAGGGCCAGAGCUUCCACCCCCCCGGGGGAAGGGAUCCUUUCUCGAGUUCAGUACACUCUCAGGAAAGGCCUCUUGGCUCCUCCCCGUAUGAGGAUCUAAGAAACGCUCAGUUUGCUGAGAAAAGUGACCCGCCGGCAGCUGACUCUGAGGGAGACAGAGAGCCACAGCCCAGGCCUGGCGAGGGGGCCGGCGCGUUCCCCACACCUGCCCCGAAAGGAGGGCCGCCUCUGCCCCAGUUCCAGGGCCAGCGGGAGCCCGCACCGCGCGCUUUCGGGCUGUCGGGCCUUCAUGGCCCCGGCUUCCCAGGACCACGGGGGCCAGCCCCUCCAUUUUCAGAAGAGGCUAUCAUUUCUGGUAACGACGGGCCAAGAGGAGGGCCCCCACCAGCCAGAUUCGGGCCCCAGAAGGGGCCCAUCCCUUCCUUGUUCUCAGGGCCACAUGGGCCACCUCCCUACGGGGACAGCAGGGGCCCCUCCCCCUCUCACCUUGGUGGGCCCAGAGGGGCGGCACCACCUCAAUUUGAAGAACGCAAAGACCCCCACGGGGAGAAAAGGGAACUCCAGGACCCCCCGUACAGCGAGGCCGCAGGCCCUCCUGCUCAGUUUGAAGGGCCAGAGCAAGCCCAGUUUGUGGGGAACAGGGGCGCAGCCCCUUUCCAGUUUGGAGGCCAAAGAAGACCUCUGCUGUCUCAGUUUAAAGGACCCCGGGGCGGCCCUCCUCCCUCUCAGUUCGGAGGCCAGAGAGGACCACCCCCCGGCCACUUUGUGGGCCCAAGGGGGCCACAUCCGAGCCAGUUCGAAGCUGCCCGGGGUCCCCAUCCCAAUCAGUUUGAAGGGCCCAGAGGCCAAGCACCGAAUUUCAUGCCAGGACCCAGAGGCAUGCAGCCGCAGCAGUUUGAGGAGCAGAGGGUCAGUUCACCGCCCAGGUUUGCCAACCAGAGGGCACCAGCACCCCUCCAGUUUGGGGGGCCACGGGGGUCCGCCCCUUUUCCUGAGAAGAGUGAGUCGGCGCCCCCGCGGUUCCACUUCCAGGGCCAGGCCGCCCCCGGCGUGAAGCCCGGGCCCCGGCCGCUGCUGGAGCUGCCCAGCCACCCGCCGCAGCACCGGAAGGACAGGUGGGACGAGGCCGGGCCGCCCCCCGCCCUGCCCGCUGGUGCGCCGGGGCCGGGCCCCGAGGCCGACGGCCCGUGGGCCGCGGCCGACUUCCGCGAGGGCAAGGGCCACGAGUACCGGGGCCAGGCGUUCGAAGGGCGGCCGAGGGAGCGGUUCGAGGCCGGGCCCAAGGAGAAGCCCCAGGAGGAGCCCGAGGCUCCGCUGCCGGACAGUCGGCCGGGCCGGGCCCUCGAGGACCGCAGGCGGGAGCGCGAGCGCGGGAAGCCCUGGGAGCGGGAGCGCGGCCGGACCUGGAGCCGCGAGCGGGACUGGGACCGCGGCCGCGAGUGGGACCGGGGUCGUGACAAGGACGCCGGCCGCGAGUGGGACCGCGGCCGCGAGCGCAGCGCGGGCAGGGACAAGGGGCGCGAGUGGGACCGCGGCCGCGAGCGGAGCCGGAACCGAGAGCGCGACCGCAGACGCGACCGGGACAGGUCCCGCAGCCGGGAGCGCGACCGCGACAAGGCCCGUGAUCGGGAGCGCGGCCGCGAGCGCAGGGGCCGCAGCCGCAGCCAGGAGCGCGCCCGCGACCCCCGCGCCGAGGCCCCGCGGGCCGCUGAGCCCGCCGCGCAGACCUAGGCCCGGGCUCAGCGCGGGCGCCGAGAGCGCUCGCAACUCGCGCAGAACAGAACGCUCUGGACCCCAGAAAUGACUGUACUUUUGUGUAUAAUGGUUUCUUACAAAAUUUCACACCUUUGCAAUUCAGACGCUUUUUUAAAAAAAGAACUAAGAACUUUUAACCUUUCCGUUUAAAAUUACUGAAAUGGAAAGUGUCUACAAAAAGCAUAUUGCUUUUUCAGAUUAUAAAGUUAUCUUUUCUAAUAACUUGACUCCUGUAAAUUUUAAGGGAACUUGAAUGGACCUCAGAGCCAUACCUUUCCUGACGCCUCACCCGCGUUUCUGCUCCCAGAGGCCGCUGUCAGCCUCCCGGCGGGCGCGCUGCAUGCCUGGGCCCGGCUGCGGGCGCGGUGUUAGCUCAUCUCUGGAAGGUCGAGAAACGCAGAGCUCGCUCAUACGUCUUUCGUCGUCAAGAAAUUUGAAUUACAAAUUUCAGCUAGGAAACAAACGCGUUUCUGAGCAAAAGCUCAGUUUUUAUAUAUCGCCUUACACAUUUGGUUUCAAAAACAUAAUUAAAAGCAACAUCUGAGUAGAAAUUGUUACAUUUUAAAUAAGUUUAUUUUAAAAAGGUUUAAAUUUUACCAGCCUAAAGAAAGUGAGAAAAUAAACCAAUUAAGUGUACUUUAAACGGUGGGGGAGGGGGGAGUUCUUUGAUUUGAAUGAUCAGGAACAUGCUGUUUGCUGAACUUCACCGUCUGAGCAUUUCUCUCUGUGUCCCAGGGAGAGCGCCCUAGCUCCGGACUGUCGUGUUUGUCAGGGGAUAAACUUCAGCGUCCGGCACUGAGGUGGAACGGUAGCUGCAUAAAGCCUGAAGUGGGAGGUAGUGCUGUCAGCUCAAGAACGGCAGGCGGAAAAGCUGCUCGCUGUGAAAUGCAGCGCACCGCUCGUCCUGUUUGCCAAGUACUUCUGGGGUGUGAAAUAGAGAAAACCUUGCUAAUUUAUUUGACUGUACAAAUUCACUUUGAUAAUUUUUUUAUAUUUUCAUAAACUUACUUUUGCAAAUAUAAAAUUAGAGAAUUUUAUUUGCUCUUUGGAGUCUGUUCCAUUGUACGUCACUACAGAUUUUUCACUUUCUAGCACAAACAUUUUGAGUUACGAGAGCAGGGAGAACGUAUUAGCCACUUGGGGUAAUUGGUUACAGAUCAGAGUCAGUGGGUUAAAUUGCAUCAAAGUGGCGUCAAGUCCCAACAGCUGAUGUGAUGUGAAGGUUUUUUUACACGUAAAACAAAUUUUUCUAAUUUAAACACAACAAAUGUAAAAAUCAAGUGUGUUUCUUUAGGUUUACUUGAUAGAAAUUUCUGUAAAUUGUAUUUUAUAUUGCAGAGUAUUAUAUCACUGUACAUUAAAACAUGGACUUCAUAGGUUUGUUACUUGAAGUAGAAUAAACGUCUACAAGGGU